AUAAGAGUCACGGUACUGGACAAUCAAGGGCACCGUGUCAGCCCAAAUGUACAACAAAGCGGUGUGCUAGAAACAAACAAUUCCUCAAAAGUCCCUCCAGUUGACUUCUUCUUGUGUUACUACAGUUUCUCGAGUUUUAUUCCUUCAAAAAGCUGUGGUGACCCCAUUGCUCUGCUGCUCAUAAGUUUUAAAAUAUCUAGGUAUCUUCCACCUUGACUUGGGACAAGGCUGGCACAGAGUCACUCUCACAUCUCAGGAAACGUGCAUGAGAUCGAAGAGUCGGACUUUCAUGCUGGCCUUUUAAAACUUGAGUCGUUUCUGUCCUUAAGUUCAUCUGAUCUGGUACGCACUCCGUCGUCACUUGCUCUCGUGAGCAACAGCCAUGUGCCGUUUUCUGGUCUACAAAGGCUCAUCACCAAUUGUUCUAUCAAAGCUGGUCACAGAGCCCUCUCAUAGCAUAUUGACUCAGUCUUACGACAGUCGACUUCGUCUUGACUCGAGACGACCUGUCAAUGGCGAUGGAUUCGGCAUUGGCUGGUACACGUCGCCAGAGUUAGGCCCAGACCCUUGCAUAUUUACGUCGACGUUACCGGCCUGGAAUUGCGUCAAUCUCGAACGAAUUGCUCCCAAGAUUGCUUCUCAUCUGAUCUUUGCCCACGUUCGGGCCACCACGGAAGGUUCCUUGGCGGAGAACAAUUGCCAUCCUUUCCAGCACAGUACCCUCAUGUGGAUGCACAACGGCAAUAUUGGAGCAUGGAAAUACGUCAAACGACCCUUGUCCGACUCCCUUGCCGACAAGUGGUUUCUUGGCGUCAAGGGUGGUACAGAUUCUGAGUGGGCAUUCGCCUUGUUCCUUGACACUCUGGAGCAAGAAGGUGUCGAUCCAAGCUCCGAGCCUGAGGGAGGCUUCGACACCAAAGUCCUAAGACGAGCGAUGAAGAAGACCAUCGCCAAGAUCAAUGCCUUUGUUAAAGCCGUUCCUGCCCACCACCAUCUUGCUCAAGUCGAAACCAGGAGUCUACUCAACUUUGCCGUCACGGAUGGUCACUCAGUGAUCGUCACAAGGUACGUGAGCAGUAAGACGGAUGCGGCUGCUAGUCUGUACUACUCAUCUGGUACCGCCUGGGUGGAAGGCAAUGCCAAGGGACAGUUCAAGAUGGAACGACGAGAUAAGGCAUCCGAUGUGGUGUUAGUGGCAAGCGAGCCCUUAACCUUCGAACGUCACAACUGGUUGUCCGUACCCACCAACACGAUUGUAACGAUCUGCAAGCAAACGGUGUUUGUCAGGCCUAUCAAAGAUGAGUUCUACGACGAUGAUCCUUCCACCGAGAGAUCCACUGGCUUUGCCAGAUCCAAGGGUUUGGUGUCGAAAGCUCCCGGAGGCGGCGCCGUCACUCCAACAUCAAUAGGGACCACGCCCUCUCAAACGCCAGCAGCUAUUGCAGAUAUUCCACCGGAAAAGGGCUUCUUGGUUAAGGAAAGCCUCGACCACUUCCAAAACAAAUUAGCGGACCUGCAUUUGGAAACUCCUAAACCUAAUGGGGCGACCCACGGCAAUCACACAUCGGUGACAGUGUGAAUUCUUACCACCAUUUUGUAUGAGAUGAUAUGGAAUUGAAAUUGUGACCAUGGGAAUGGAAUGAUAGGCACGCAUUCGAGACAGGUGCUGCGCCCAUCGGUGUUACAAAAAAGAAAAUCAGGGGCAAGGAACGAAGGCAGCGAGGCGUCUCGGAGGACCAACAGAAUAAAACAGUGCAUGGGUAGUAUCAUGAACCAUAUCUAUUGCCCUUCUCA